AUGGAAGAAAAAUGUGAGGAGAUGAUCCCUUUGGAUAGAGAAGAUGCUGAUAUUAUGGAAAGACUAGGCCUCAAGGGUUUGUUUCUAUCUUCUGCAUGUGUCAGAAGAGGUAGAAGGGUGAAGAAGAAGGUUCAAAGGGAGGGCAGAUGGCUACCUCCUCCUGAAGAUAUUUUGAAGAUCAAUACUGAUGGUUCUUUGUGUGGAUGGCUUAAGGUUAUUUAUGAAUUGGAUUCCCAGAUUAUUAUCAAGAGGCUAAUUGUUAAGAAGGUGUUUGGUGUGAACUGGCAGCUUGCUUUGGUUGCUUUCCACGUGAGUGAAAUAAGGCCGUUGAUUAUCUGGCUAAGUGGGCCUUUGAGAAGGAUGGUAACUGGAAGAGUGUUUAAGAUGUUGCAACAUCCUGACGAAAAGGACAGACAAGAACUAAGCACUAAACUGGGUCUCACAUCACAGCAAAUUAAAUUCUGGUUUCAGAACCGGCGCACCCAAGUAAAGGUUCAGCAGGAGCGUACUGACAACGCUAAUUUGCGUACGGAAAAUGAGAGAUUCCGACUGGAUAGCCAGGCGCUGAGAAAUACACUUAACAAUAUCAGGUGUCAAACGUGCGGAGGAUCUAAUUUCAUGACAGAGAUGGUUUACGAACAGCAAAGCUUGGCUUUAGAAAAUGAGCUUUUAAGAACGGAGAUUGAAAAACUGAAUGCAGUUGCCUCGAAUUGUGUUGGAAGAACAAUCCCCUUGUUAGAAACCAGAGCAGAUCAAUCACAGAUGAUGUACUCUUCACACCAUGAAGAGGGAAGCUCAGGACAGAACCAGAUUACAUUGCCCACACCCACUUGUGUUUCAUUGGAUGAAUCCUCGGCAAUGGAAGCUGCGCAAAAGGCCACCGAAGAAUUUAUCUGGAUGGUAGACGCAAACGAGCCUGUUUGGGUGAAGAAACCUUUUGCGGAUGGUACGAUAGAAAUUCUGAAUACGAAUCAGUUGUACGGAACAUUUCCUCAGGGCAUGGGGCUCAGCAGCAACAUGAAGAGAGAAGGUAGCAGGGACACCUCAAUUGUUUCUAUCACAGGAGCUGAAUUGGUUGAUCUCUUCAUGGAUGUGAAUAAAUGGAAGAAAAUAUUUUCAUUAAUUGUAACAAGAGCAGAGACCUUGCAAGUUGUGUCUCAAGGGGUUGGUGGUCACAGAAAUGGUUCACUUCAACUGAUUCUAUCUCCUCUUGUUCCCACGAGACAUAUAUCUUUUCUUCGGUUUUCCCAGCAGCCAACCAAUGGAAUGUGGAUAGUGGUAGACUUUUCUUUAGAAAAUUUGAACUACAGUAUUUCGCCCUCGGUUGGAUGGUACCAUAGGCAUCCGUCUGGAUGUGUUAUACAAGAUAUGCCUAAUGGGUGUUCAAAGGUGAUUUGGAUAGAGCAGGGUGAGACAGAUUAUAGAAUAGUUAAUAAAAUAUUUGAGCAAGUCAUCAACAGCGAAAUGGCCUUUGGCGCCCAGCAUUGGCUGACAUGCUUGCAGAGGCAAUGCUGUUGGUUUGAAACUCUAGUAGAUCUCACCAGCGAAGGAGAUGUUUACCGGACAAAUAUGAUAAGAUUGGCGCAGAACAUAAGCAGUCAAUUUGUUGCAAACAUAAGUGCACUCUCACAAUCCAGCAACGACCCUAUUAAAAUCACAACAAGAAACGCUUCCGAAGUGGGACAAUCCAGUGGUGUUAUUGUCUGUGUUGGAACUUCUAUCAAGCUUUCUGUCCCCCCAAAAGUACUGUUUAACUUUUUGGGGGAUGAGCGAACCGCAUCAAAGUACAAACUAUUAUCAUGUGGAGAAUGGAAGGAACUCACAAGCAUUGGAAAUGGAUCAGACCCUUCAAAUUGCGAAGGCGAGACAGAGAAGAUGCUGAAACAUAGUUACAGAGACGCAUCGGGGUCUUUUUGUGUGUAUACAGCCAUAAAUGUUGACAUCAUCCAUGGUAAGGAUGCUUCUUCAUUACCCAUUGCCGCUCAUCAUGGAUUUGCAGUACUACCAUAUCAUACUUCAACUGCCGUUAAUUCACUUAUUCCAACCACUAUAUUACAUGAGGAAGCCUCGGCCACCAGCCUUGACAGUAAUGGGCUAUUGGAGAUGGCAAAGUGGAAGGAUCCUGGAGCUUGGCCUGUGAUUGGUUUAAAGGAUGAACACGAUGAGUUGUAUGAUAUUUUAACUAGUAGGUAUUGUAACUCCAUCAAGGAGAAGGAUACUCUGGCUUGGAUCAUAUAUACCAAGGGCACUUUUACUGUUGCUAGUGGGUAUUAG